CUCAUAGGAUGCCGUCCGAGAGUCUACCUAUUCCUCCUAGCGAGCAGACAGCGCACGGGGCUAUGGAAAUGCCUGGUUCUGUUGAUCAGCGACUCACCAGAUUGCAUCUGCAGAAUGUCGCUACUGCCCCGCGCACACCUCCCGCACAAAUUAGUAAGCGCCUCAAGAGGAAGCGUUCUUGCGAAGAGAGUUUGGACAGCGGCGAUCAUGCAGUCCACGAGCCCGAUCACAAACGCCAGCGCAACUCUGAUAUCUCUGACCACUCCACCGACAGCCCGUCUCCCACGACUAGCCGUGUCGAACGUGUUCAAAAGAAGUCGUUUGGCGACAGGCGGUCAAUUUUGGAGCACAAGGGCAAACAGCCCGUCUAUCCUCCGGGUUCGACGCUCUUUUGGGCUCAGCAGCAUGCGGCUCUCGCAGCUCAGUCUCAAGAAGGGACAGUCAGCACUGCGUCAUCAGCAUCCCGAGGUUCCCCAAUGCAUCCCCUUGUCUUACCACUGCGGACUGCUCAAUUAUCCCCUGGUUCAUGCCACAGCGUGCAGCCUCAGUCUGUCCAAGCUCGCCAAGUUCCAGUUCAGCCUGCUGUCAUCAGCAUCGCCUUCAGCGCUGUAGCCCAACCAUCAUCACAGCUUCAGGUCAACAGUCUUCCGGUACCACCAGCUACAAUCUGCGAUCCUUCGAGAGAUCCCCGUCGCAGGCCUCCCCGGGGACCACCUAAGCCUGUUCUAGACUCGCACAGCAACGCGCGCCGCGCGGAAGACGCUCGCGAAGAUAAUCUUAGAUUCAGAGAGGAUAGCGAUGUGAACGCUUCCCCACCGUAGAGCCCUGUCGAUCCAGCAGCGUACUUCAUGCUCUUGCAAUAGCUUGGAUGCCAUCCGGGGGCCAGCUGUGCGUUAAGCACGUUAUCGACUCCUUUAGACUAUCACACCAAUAAACAUCACGUUCUGAUCACCCGUACACACAACCGGACUACCAGAUUUCGAAGA